CAAAGCGACGGCAGUCGUCUAUUCCAACAUUUCGAGGGGAGCAAUUCCUCUCGCUAACCUCGUCUGUCUCUACCCACUGCUUCGCCCCCAUGACUACACUUGCGAGCACCCGCGAAACGGUUGCGAAGGAACUCUCAGCCUCGAUCUGCCCGGAAUACAACAACAUAAUCGCGUUAGUGAGAGAUAUUAGAAUCCGGUGCCCUCGAGCGCUCUCCGUCCGUCCGACGGACCGGCCAAACACCUCCGGCAGCACGCGUGGGGCCGAUGCUAUUAGGGCUAAUUCAUCAAUUGAAAUCCCGGUACUUUUGCGCUCUUGCGGGCGGGAGCCAAUGAGCUAUGUUUUGACUGUUGGAUUGGCAAUCGUGCUAUUGCAUUCAGGGCGGAUCGAGGCUGAGAAGCGGUGCGCCCUUUCCUGUGCUGUACAUGUACACCGGUGCCAUGUUCUGCUGUCGCCGCAGUUGGAAAGCAUUCUGCAACCGUCGGAGCCACAAGUGCGCACACAGUGCGUCUUCCCAAAAAGCUUAUCAAGUCGAAACCGCCACCAUUAUUUCGCCGCGAGUCCCGAUGCAGCCCGAUGCCGGUCGUGCAGGAUAUGUUGUGCGGGAGACACUUUUCGUACGGACUUCCGGGCGGCCGCGGUCGAGACUGGUCGAGAGCGCCAAUUUUCGAGUCACACAGACAGACAGACGAACGGGAGGCCGCAGCGGGAUUAUCCACGUUUUUACUCACAGACCUACUGUGUGUACCAGGAGAUAUGAGUAUACAGGAAGUUAGUAGAUUCAUUCCCCUUCUACGGACGGAGUUAUCCAAAGCCACUGCUUCCUUUCGUGUCCGAGACGGCUAAGCUUGCGAGGAAC